CCGUAGAUUCAGGUAAUCGACGGCGUUGGCUUUGAAUCUGUCUGUUCGCACAAAUAUAUAAGCCCCUGCAACAGCUUCGUACGUUCCCCCUCCCCCCCCCUUUUCCCCCUCCCGGCUCCCUGCUUAAAGAAAAGCCGUCGUGAGGGAUGGGCGGGGACACGAGAGCUGGCGCACGUGCAUUCCUGGCGAUACUUCGUGCCCGUGCAAGCUGCGUGGACACGAACCAUCCUCUCCUCGGCACCGCGGACGCAUCCAAGCGCGCUCUCCUCUCUCUCGCUUCUCGACGUCGUCGCCUUUUCUCCGCUGUCCAUACCCGCUUAUAGCAGAAAAUCAGUCUUCGUCACUUCUCUUCAAGUGGGUUACCGUAGUUUGUGCUACCUUCGUUCUGGAUGCUGAUCGCACCGCGCGGUGAGUGAUUCAAUGAUCCAUCGAUCGGCGAGCGAGCUGUACCGUGCGGUGCCAGGGUCGAGGAGUUACUGAUUGGCUGUCGGGCGGAGCAGGUCGAAGAAGAGCUUCUACGGGCGAUCGACUGCAUUUGCGUGAGUACUUUCCGUGGAAGACAGUCUGUCUGUCUCUGGGUGUCGUCGCUGCGUUGAGCAAACCGCCUUUCGCGCUCUCAUUGUCCCGUCGUCGCGAUCAAGCUGCGCUGAGUGUUGUGAUCAUUGUAGUCGUUGAUUUGCCGGGUGCGAUCUCUGCAAUCGACCGUGGGCUUACGAGUUUUGAUGCUAGGUGAACGGCGAUGAAAAGGAGGUGGCUUCCGCGCACGUAUGCCCUCGUCAAGCAGGUCACCGUCGAAGAAAAGCAGCGAAAGGAGCCCAGUUGUUGAGUGGUUGUUCCGACAACCAGCACACACACACACACACACACACACAGAGAGAGAGAGAGAGAGAGAGAGAGAGAGAGAGAGAGAGAGAGAGAGAGAGAGAGAGAGAGAGAGANAGAGAGAGAGAGAGAGAGAGAGAGAGAGAGAGAGAGAGAGAGAGAGAGAGAGAGAGAGAGAGAGAGAGAGAGAGAGACCUGUUUGCUGAGAACGACGCAGAUGCAGGCCUUGUAAGGGUACCAAGAGUUGCAUCUCCCAGUGUUUCGUACUUGAGCCGUGUUGCUGGUUCACACACACACACACACACACACACACACACACAGAGAGAGAGAGAGAGAGAGAGAGAGAGAGAGAGAGAGAGAGAGAGAGAGAGAGGGAGAGAGAAGAUGGAUAGGCAGUUGGGAAAGUAGGAGAAAGGAUCUCAUCAGUCGGUGUGAGGCGGGGCGGUGAGAAUGUCUCUUCUCUCGGACAGAUAUUGAUCUUCUUCGACUAACAUGUGCUGAGCGAAUUGAAUGAGUCGGGGUGUUGACUCAGGGUGUCAUUACGUUGCGCCUUGACUGAUACAUGGCCUCGUCUUCAUUUUUCGCGUUAUCCUUAUCCAUGUUCUCACGCUCCUCGUCUUCUUUCACGCCUAGUUCUAUCUGAUGUAUUGAUCGUCAUCGAUCGGUCUCUCCCUCCGACAAUGGGCGUCGCUGCCUCCGUCUGACUCGUCCCUUGGGAAGAGUGGUAAAGGCGGUUGAUCGGUCUAUCCCUCCGACAAAUGGGCGUCGUCGCUGCCUCCGUUUAACUCUUCUCCUCGGGAAGAGCGGGAAAGGCGGAGGCAGGUGGUUGGAGGGAAGGAUGAAGAUCAUCCUUUCCCGUUCUGGAAACUGUGUCUGCUCGCCUGGUUGCGCACUCCGGUCGGCGCCCACAGAGGCUGCGUCGUCUGCCGCGAACGGUUCCGCCAUGGCGCCGCAAGUCCCGACUGUGACCUGCUCCCUGACCCGCGCGCCAACCUUUCCCUUUCCCUUGUCCGCGCCGUGUCCUGGCGGCGCCACCCCUGCUCUCAGUGGUCAGAAAAGUAACUACUGUCAGUACUGCCAUUGGCAUUCUCCUGUUCCCGAUGGCCACGUGGCGGCUGCGCCUCAGUCGUCGUCCGCACCUUCGUGGGAGGCGGGAUACGCGGCAUCAUCCGCCAAGUCACAUGUGCUUUCGGAGCGCACGGCGAGCAACUUCAUCAGCAGACGAGUUAAUGAGCGGGAUGCGGGGGAUGCUGACGUGGCAUGCCUGGCCACGCGGCGCGCGCAAUGGCCGGAUUCCCGCCGACUGUGUCGGCGCGCUGCAUCGGCGAGAGAGGGGAUGGAGUCGGAGGAGAAUCGAUCGCCCGCGUGCGCCGUCGGAUCGCAAGCGCACUUUCCAUUGCGCGCCACGCUGUCGGAGGCGCUGGCAUUGGACCCGGGGAUGGAGAUGCGAGAUCACCCGGGUGCCGAUCGCAACCAGCAGCAUCCGGCUGCCGACCUUGGCGUCGCGCGGCGCGUGAUCAAGGAGGCCAGCGGGUUCCUCUACUCGGACGACCGUCCUGCGACCACGUUUUACAGAGUUCCUUCGUCCGACCGGUCGUCCUCCUCCUCCAAGUACCGCGAGGAACUGGAGGUGGCCAUGAAAGCCGUGCACCUCGCCAGUCAAUUGACAGAGCGAGUGCAGGAGCGACUGAUUCGAGAGGAAGAGAAGGCUCGGACGAAGGAGGACCGGUCGCUCGUUACGGUCGCCGAUUACGGCGUUCAAGCGGUCAUUGCCUGGGUCUUGACUACGGCUUUCCCUAACGACACCAUCCAGAUGAUCGCUGAAGAAGACAUGGCCUCCUUGAAAGGUCGCCCUGGAGUGGGCAUCCUUCAGCGGGUCGUCGCGGCCGUCAACGAAUGUCUAGCCGAUGCAGAGAGCGUUGGGUACCAGAGACCUAGUCAUCCUCUUGCCACAGUGGACGUUCUCAAGGCCAUUGGGAAGGGCAGCUCGGACGGAGGGCCCAAGGGGAGGUACUGGGUAUUAGACCCUGUCGAUGGGACCCUGGGGUUCGUCAGAGGCGACCAAUACGCAAUCGCGCUGGCGAUGAUCGAAGAUGGGGAGGUGAAGCUGGGCGUACUCGGCUGUCCGAAUCUGCCAAUGAGAAGGAAGUGGCUAGAUUACCAUCACAGGUACUACAGGAUGGCGACGAAGAUGUUUCCGCCGGUGGCAGGGACAUGGCACAAGGGGUGUGUGAUAGGAGCGAGGAGAGGGGGAGGGGGGCCGUCGAUGGAGCCGCUCGUGGGCAGGAAGGGAAGGUUUACGCUGGAGGAGGCAAAGAAGAUGGGCAGGGUAAUUAACGUCUCGCAGGCGGAUGACCCGAAGGAUGCUACGUUCUGCGAGCCCGUCGAAAAGAGGAACACGUCUCACUCCUUGACGGCGGGUGUUGCGAGCUCUCUGGGGAUGACAAAUCAGCCGCUGCGAGUAUACAGCAUGGCGAAGUACGCGACCAUCGCCCGCGGAAAUGCCGAGAUCUUCAUGAAAUUUGCAAAUGCAUCUUACAAGGAGAAGGUAUGGGACCACGCAGCCGGGGUGGUGAUCGUGGAGGAGGCAGGAGGGGUGGUGACAGACGCUGGGGGAAAGCCCCUGGACUUCUCCAAAGGAAGGCAUCUCGAAGGCCUAGACCGGGGUAUAAUUGCCAGCUGUGGCGCAGAGCUGCACACCAAGAUCUUGGCCGCCGUUGAUGCCAGUUGGGAUUCCUCCCGCUUGUAAUCUCUCUCUCUCUCUCUCUCUCUCUCUCUCUCUCUCUCUCUCUCGCUCGCUCGCUCGCUUUUCCAUGCUCUGCUGUCCUUGGAAACAGAGACAAGAAAGAAGGAUAUGUAGAAGGUCUAGACAAAGGUCUGAUUGCCAGCUGGGGCGUAGAAUUGCGCGCCAGGACGUUGGCCGUGACGGGUUUCACUUGGGAUUCCUCGCGGUUGUAAUCUCUCUCUCUCUCUCUCUCUCUCGUACAUGCUCUGUUUCGGCGAGGAAACAGAGAAUGUUGUAAAGAUUUAGUGGUUGUUGCUUUUGAAUAGUUAAUCGGAGGAUUUAAUUUUUUUUGUUAUUGUUUCUUUAGAUCAUUUCUCAAAUGUCCACGUCCACAUCAGAUCUAAAGUUUUGCAGCUCUUCGGUCGCGUUAUGUAUAGUUUUCAGUUGCGCAAUUUGUCGUGGUUUUCUUAUUAGUUCGUCUGGAUGUCUUUCCGGGUAAAAAUGGCCGCGUCUAUUUUCAUGAAUUUUGGUUAGCGUU